UUUUAUAGCCUUUAUCAAGACAUCUCAAGGUCCGGAUUGAGGUCUAUAAUCCACCCAUCACAAAGAACAUCUAGUCUUUUAAAGUGAAUAAGGGUUUUAAAUUGAAUUUUCCUUAUCGGCAAUGGUUCUGAACCUCUGACCUUGAAUAAAAAUCUGAUGCUAGUAGUAAUACUAGCUCUACUAUAGUUCUCCCAACUAUGAAUAAUUUUAUCAGAACUGAUAAUUUAUCUGGAAAAUAAACUAAUGAAUAUGUGUACAUUGAAUGUAGGCUAACAAUGUGCACACCAAUGGCAUCCAAAUUUUACUCCAGGAAGAAGAUUGGUCCUCAUUAUUAUUUUAGCUAAUUAAUUAGCAUUAUCCUCGGCUUGGCGCGCUAGUUAUCCGUGUGUUGACGAGCUCCGCCUCCUGACGACAACAACACUGUAUAUAAACCAUAGACUGUAUAAACUGGCUCGGGACUUGUUGAACUACAUCUCACCAGCAAAUAUGAACUGUAUUCUUGAAGGAAAUAGCGUAAAAGCAUUUGGAAAGGCUCUUCAUGCACUGGCACGGAUUGGAGAUGAGCUGUGGUUGGAUCCCAUGGUUAGAGGGCUGGCACUGAGAUCAGUGAAUUCUACUCAUUCUGCGUACGCCUGCUUCCUCUUCUCGCCGCUGUUCUUCCAGCGCUACAGCCUGGGAUUAGUAUCAGAGCAGGACAGUGCAACAAUCAAAUGCAAACUGGUCAUGAAGCGUAAUGUGGAACGAUGCCAGAUAUCAAUCGGCGCUCCCAAUGACCGAGUGAUGAUCCAGUUUUUCUGCAGACAUGGCAUCACAAAGACCCACAACCUACAUUUCCAGGAAAGUGAGGCUCUGCAGGCAGUGUUUGCCUCACACCUCUGUCCCAAUGUGGUGAAAGCUCCUGCCAGGCUUCUCAGUGAUAUGGUGAUGCAUUUCCCAGUGUCCCAGGAAGAAAUCACUCUGUCCACGACUUCUCUGAGAGUCAGUCUGAGUAAUUACUAUGAGGGGGGAAAUGAUCACAUGAAGAUUAUGUACACUGAGAUGUCCUUACACCCAGACGAGUUUGACUACUUUCAGAUCGGAGUGGAGUCGGACAUAACCUUCUGUCUGAAAGAGUUCAGGGGUUUACUGUCCUUUGCAGAGUCACAUAGCCUUCCUGUGUCUGUCCACUUUGGUGCUGCAGGAAAGCCUGUGUGCUUCUCUGUGGAGGACAUGGUCUUGGAGGCUACUGUGGUGCUGGCUACUCUGGCUGACUCUGAGAGCAGGGGCCCCUCUCAGCCUACAGAGGCCGCUGCUUCCCCCAGCUGUGCAGUGCCUGCUGUUCUACCUGAGGGUCCAUGUGAUGCAGACAUCAGCAAGGCUGAGGAUAUCCCUGAUGAUAUGGAGAUGAUAGUAUCUAGCCAGGGCAGCCCUAUAAUCUACCCACCUGCUCUGAUGCUGCCUCACAUUGAUCACCUUGAUGGGCUCGCUGUAGCUGAUGAGGCCUGUGCCAGCGACACAACGUCUCCUUCUUCCUCCACGAUCUGCUCACUCCUGUUCAGGGCCUUGUCCCCUGAGCAGGACAGUGAUGGUUGUGCUGCCGGACUGCCUGUUCUGGCAUGUUGCAGUGACGGAGAGGAGACUGUGGAGGAAGACUAUACAAGAAGCCCGACCCUCUGAGAACAGAGCUGCGACACACUACUCAUUUCUCACCUUGACUUUUUAUGAUACUGCCACAACACUGAACUGGAGUCAUAGUGAUAGGAUCUAAUUUAAUUUGUAUUUAAUGUAUUGUAUUUAAUAUACUUUGUAUUUUAAAGAUUUUCUCAAGCAUGUUUUUAGUGCUUUGUUUGUUUAAACUGUUGUCAAAGUGUUAUGUUCCUCACAAUGUUCAACUGAAAAUUAAAUUGAAAAAUACACAUUUGUUUAGGCAAUAUCAGUGUGCCUAUAAACUUAUAACAUGUGAGGGAAAAAGA